UUUCUCACCAGCAUUAUUCAAGCUCUGGGGAUGCAAACGCCAAAGUCGACGAAAUGAACAAAAGUUGAAAUGACAUGGAAAUGACACAUUUCGAUUUUGUCAUUUGUCUCGUUCUAGGACGUCCAAGGCCACGGUGAGCCCCAGGCGUGCGUGUACCGACGAGGAAGGAAGGGAAAAAGGCAUACAACACACCAUGGCAGGAGCCGGCAGCCAUGACGGCGGUGGUGAGAUGACGGUCUUUCCAGCGUCGCAGGCGAGUUCGCAUUUCCCUCUCGAGCCAGUUUCCGCGGCCGUUCUCUGCAGUCGGGAGACGAAGCGGAGAGACGCGGCGAUGGCGAGGGGGAAAGUGCAUGUUGGGAGCCGGGAGGUCGAUGAGGAGGUUCUUGGUGGCGGGUUCGAGAGGGGGAGUGUUGUUGGGCUUAGUUCUGAGAGUGAGCAGAUGGGAAUUCUGAUUUCGAUGCAGGCGCUGGCGAAGACGCUAUGCGGAGACGAGUCUGUAAGUGACAGAGGAGGCAAGGGAGCGAGGGUGGUGAUUGUCACGACGCAGCCUCCUGCGGCUAUUCUCCCGCCGUUGAGGAAUGCUAUUCGAACGGAGCUCAUGGUGCGCGGCACCGCUGAGGCGGAUGCGGAUGUUGUGACGAGGUUGAGGCGGUGUCUGGAGAGAGUCUCUGUUUCGAGGGUGUUUGAUCUCGAGGGUUUGUGGCAGGUUCUCGGCGACUUGGACAUUCCGCCCGACAGUCCUGAGCCGCGGGUCUCUUCCUCCCCGCCGGGGUUUCGGGCACCGUCUGGGGAGAAGCGGUUGGAGAAGGAUGAUGACGAUGAAGAUAAUGCGGUGGGCGAGACGAAGGAUGAAGGGGUCGCGGAAGGCCUGGUUGGUGUGGAAGUUUCUGCUGAGGAUGCGGCGAUCUCGUCGAAGGGACACACUACGCCAGAGAGGAUUGUGUUGCCGGAACUCAAGCCGCCGCCUCAGCCGAUCAAGUAUACGAGGACAGAGAUCGCCGACAGCGACGAUGAGGACGACGCCAUCUCGCUGCCAUCUUCUUCGUCAUCUUCGCUGUCGCCGCCGCCUUCGACGAUUCGGUCCCCGACACCCUUCACGGCCGCAGAGUCUCCCGAGAGAGCGGAUGAAGAGGAAGGAAUCACUGAAGGCACAGGGGUGGAACAGAAUAACAGCUCGGAAGAAAUACCAGAACAAGUCACAGAAGAGCCUCACGAGGAGGAGACAGCGAGCAGACCAACAGGAGACGAGAUCCCCGACGCGAUUCCAGCCGUGGCAGCACCCGAGAGCAGAUCAUCAGAAGACGAUUCGAAAGGUCCAGCCUUGCCGGACAUCAUCCUCAUCACCCACUUCCACAGCCUCAUGACGGCCCUCUUCACCCGCCGCGACCGUCAAUCUGCACACGACUCGCUGCAGCACUUAUCCUCCCACCUGCGGUAUCUAUCCAGGAAUUUAGAGACUAGCCCGUUGAUCAUGCUCCUCAACAGCACGAGCUCGUCCAAAGAGUCGGCGAUAUCCAAGACCUCCGCGAAUGUGCAAGGUGGUCCACCGCCGCCACCGCCGAAUGGAGAACAUGGCAUGAGCAGCAGUAGUAAGGCGGUGGAUCCGACCCUCCGAUCAAUCUUCAACCCGCCUGCGUUGAACAUCACGGGCUACGGCUACGGUGGAAACCAAGCGGCGUCGAGGCGGAAUAAACCUACCUUUGGGCUUGUGUUUUCGCAGUUUCUUGAUUUGCACCUGCUUUGUACCAAGAUACCUAGGGAUAAGAAGGAUGCUGAGAGGUUGUAUGCUGCUGCGCCUGGUGAUGGUGGUGGGGAAGGGGAGGGUGAUGGCGCAGGGGUGAGGUUUGUCUGGGCUUUGGAGGUUCUUCUUGAUGAGAUUGGGGUUUGGGAGCACGAGACGGGAGCGGGAGCGGGAGGGAAGAAGAGAGGCGCGAGGAAGAGCAGAGAGCAGAGAUGGGGUGUUGUUGAUGUUAGAGGCGGGCGGGUUGUUGAUGCGUUUGAGGCGGCGGAGAAGAGGGUUGGAGAGAUUCGGGUCGUUGGCGGGUUUGGAGGCCCGAGAGUGUGAGUUGAGCCACAGAGCUCGAAAGCAACAUUUCCAAGUCGAGCAUCUCUGAGAUGAGACAAGAGAGGACGAGACUCGAAACAGUCUGGGGGUUCGUUCCGACCCCGGACCAACACACGAAGCCUAGGAAUCCAUCAUGCCUCUUGGACCUGGCAUUUUCAUCGACUCAGGUGACGGCAACCUUGUUGUCCUAUACAAACCGCCAAGACAACGUUUUUCACAUGUUUAACCAGUCACAGUCUACGAUGGGUCUGGAAAUAAACAUGUACCGGG